AUGGCUGUUCAAACAUUGGGAGAUGGCGAUCCAAUCCUGAGAGAGUGUCAGCCCUCGGGGUCCGAGAUUGACGCUUGCGAUCCCCAAUCGGUAUCCCGUCACCUUCGCAAAGCCGCCCUUGCUUGUCUUUCGGAGGCUCGCUUCAUGGUGAAAUAUAAUCUAACCACGCUCGAAGCCCUGUUGAUUAUGAUUUAUGGAAUAUGCCACAGUGAAGGAGUUGAUCGUGCCUGGGUCUUUCUUGGUGUUGCGCUCAAUAUGGGUAUUGCAUUGAGAUGCAAUGCCAACCACCCGAAUCAAAACAGGAUCGAGCAGCAGAGGCGUACGCGAUGUUGGGCUGGUAUACGGCUGCUUUACACUUACCAAGGCAUCCUCUUCCAUGACGUCGACCCCUCGUUCCUUCUUGCGUUUCCUUCUCCGGCACCCACAGACGAAUACGAUCUAGGUAUAAAUGGAGCGAAUACGGGAGAAUCCUCGACCUGUCCAAAUAGCAUAUCGAUCAUGAAGUUCAAGCUUCGACUCUUUGAGCUGUCAGCUCGAAUAGGUUCCAGCUUUUCCAGCAGCUCUGGCUUUGACGAGGCCACGAUGCGUCACUACGAAGCUUUGAUUGCGACCGAACAAGAGCAGUGGACUUCUCUCUUUCUGCCUUCUGGAUGUCCUAGCUUCAGUGAUACAUCAAGCUAUGCCUAUUGGUGUAUACUGGAGACCUACGCGCACCAGCUCUAUCUUCUAAUCCAUCGGCCUUUUUAUCACUCUCAAUCCCCAAAAUUCCUGCCCUCCAGUAGGGAAAACUACACUAAGGCGAGCAUAGCUCUUCUAGAUAUCUAUGAGAAGAUGUGUGAGCUUCCGAUACUUCGGCCCUACCGAUGGCUGGUAAACGGCAUGACAAGUUUCAAUGCACUCCAGGGGGUGAUUGCUCUGGCAGCCUGCAUGAUCGAUAAGCCCGGACAAGCAGACUCAAUAGCUUCUCACCGCGUAAUCUUUGACGCUGCUGUUCAGCGUAUUGAGUCACUGCGCAAAUCUAGCCCUGUUUGCGAGAGAGCUUAUCCUGCAAUUCAAGCGAUACAGACGCAAAUCUCUGCGCUGACCGACGACGAACGCCAUACUCCAUCUCGAGAAUGGGAUCCCAAUGCAGAUUGGCUCGAUCUAACUUCCAAUGAUUGGACUUUUUGGGAGAAUUUCAUAGACGACCACGGACAAGGUGGUUUCUAG